AUUGAGUAUAGCAGAGGCGUCAAAAUGAUAGGAGAGGGCAUGGAGAUCGGAUCGUGAGCUACGCAGGAGAUGUCGACAAGAUGACAGCAGUUGUAUGACGCUUGUUAAUUCUUGGAUACAGGUUCAGCAUAUAUCAAUAAUAAGAGGAAAAUCGUUCGCGAAACGAACGAUUUAUGCCUCGUUACGGUGAUACAUUGGUCUCAAUAGAUUCUUUGCGUCGAAACGAAAUUGUAAUCAGACAAAUUCGGGUGAGAGCUGUGAUCGCCGCGCCCGUGCAAUGUACAUAGCGGCCUGAAUUGUGUUCAAGAUUACCGUCUCCGAGGAGUCCUCUCUUUAAACAGUCUGGAGCGGAGUAAUGAGCGUUUUUGGAGAUUUUCAGCGUGUCUGGGUACAAAGAUUCCCGGACAGCGCCUUGCCGGCGGCCUGGGAAGAAGAUGUCAGGGCCAAUCUAGUCAAGCAUAAACAGAAGGUAACUGCUUUAAGAGAAGAACUUGAAAAAGAAGAAUUUUAUGUAGAAUAUUUAGAAAGAUUAUUGGCAGAUGUUGAGCGUCAUAAGCAAUUGGCAAAUAGUAAUAUUAUAACAUCUCCUGAUAAACAGCAACCUAUAGAAUCUCAAAAUCAACAUAGUUGUCAAGCAGCAGAGAAUAAUUUAACUAAUUCUACAAGCACAUCUUGUAUUCAACAUGUGGAAUCAUCAAUUUCUUCCCUUCCUGCAUCUGAAGAUAUAAGUAAAUUUCAGGACAAGUGUGUAACUGAAUUAAGUUCUACUCUUAAUACAUGCAAAAGACCCAAAAGUGAAAUACCUAGGUGUCCUGAUAAAGUGCCUGAACUUAGAAGAAACAGUGACCCAGAUGUGCCAAGUAAUUAUGUUACUGUAAUUGAAGUGACAGGAAGCUCAAAAAAAGAUAAAAAUGAAGAAUCUCUCAAAGAGGAAGAUGAAAAAGAUUUAGAAAAUGCUGCAAUUAAUGAAGAUGGAGAGGAUGGUGAUGCAGAGGUAUCGGAGGAAGAACCUUACUAUGAUUCUGUAGCUUUAGAUCAAACAGGAGAAUAUGUAUAUAUUGAUGCACGUGUUCCACCUGUUGGAAAUAAUAAUAGCAAUAGAGCACCAUCAAGAAGACCACCUUCUUUGCCAGAUUCACCAGGAAAUCAAAGCAAUUAUGUCAACAUUGAUUAUUUUAUACAACACAGAGCUGCAAUGGAUAGUGAAGAUGAAGAGGGUGCAAGUCCUGCACCACCAAUUUUAUUACGUGCUCUUAGUACUGAUAAUGAAACUGGUAGUAGUGAUGCAGAACCUUUAAGUUUAAGUGAGGGUAGUUUGGAAUCACCAACGCCAACUACACCUCGCCGACAGGAGAAAAGCAAAGAGCGUGAAGAUGAUAGAACAUCUAUGAUUAAAUGUAUUGUAAACUCAGUAGUGGAGAGUGAAACUAUUUAUGUUGAAUGUUUAAAUGUUAUGUUACAAUAUAUGAAAGCUAUCAGGGCAACGUUAACAACAUCUCAACCUGUUAUUUCUGAAGAUGAAUUUGGUACAAUGUUUUAUAAAAUUCCUGAAUUACAUGCAUUGCAUCAAACAUUUUUGGAUGGUCUUAGAAAAAAAUUAGAAAAAUGGGAUAUUAAAACUACUAUAGGUGAACAAUUUAAAGUAAUGGCCAGUAAUAUAGGAUUAUAUGGAGCUUUUUUACAUAAUUAUGCUCGUGCUACUGAUACUGUACGAAGAUGUUCUGCACAUUCCACUCAAUUUGGUGAAAUUACAAGAGACAUAAGACUCAGAGGAUUUCCAAAAGGACCGGGUUUAUCUCUUGAAGAUCUCUUGCAUAAACCAGUAGCUCGUGUACAAAAAAAUGCAUUAGUAUUGCAUGAUCUUCUUAAGCACACACCAGUGAAUCAUGCAGAUCAUGCACCACUUUCAGAAGCUCUUGCUAUGACUAGAAAUUUUCUAGACGAAUUUAAUAUAAUUCAGACAAAAUCAAUGUUUCCGAGUCAUGAUAGAGCACAAAGAAGAUUGGUAAAAAAUUCGUUUGUGGUAGAACUUUCUGAUGGUCAUAGAAAAUUGAGACAUCUUUUCCUUUUCAAUGAUGUAAUUGUAUGUGCAAAGUAUAAAGCUUCUGGUAGAGAUAAAUUUACAUUUGAAUUGAAAUGGUAUGUACCAGUGGCAGAAGCGGCAGUGACAGAAGAUGGUGUAGAACCACGUGAAACUAGUCCAGCUAAUGUUGUAGCUUUGAGAUCACAAGCAUGUACAGUACGUGAUCAGAUUCUAUGGGAAGAACGAAAUGAUGAGAAACGAAUUAGACUUGGUGGUAGAGGUUCAGAAAAAAAUAGAAAGAAACUUGCUGAGCUUGAAGCUCAAUUAGUAUUAGCAUCUCCAAAUUUAGUAUUACGCGUUGCACACAAAAGUCAGCAUCGAGUACAAAAUUCAUAUACAUUCUUUCUAUCCAGUGAAUUUGAACGUUCUCAAUGGGUUGAAGCAGUGGAGGCAUUGCAACAGGUAAUGCGUUCCCAUAUGUACCUAGAUAAGUCAAAGGGUGGACAACCACCAGGACCGCUUCCUUUAUCGAUGUACGAAUUACAAGCAUGGGUUACAGCCUGUCGUACUUAUCUUCAAACAGAUAUGGGAAGUUAUUUAUUAAGAUCAGGGCGUGAUGAAAGUUUAUUACUAGGUGAUCUUCAUUUAACUUUACUUGGCUUGACACCGCCAGGUUUAGAUAGAGUUGGAGAUCUUUAUAUCAUUGUUGAAGUUGAUAGUUAUGGACACUAUUUUAAACGAGCAAGAAGUCGAGUUGCAAGAGGUCAAGCUCCAACGUGGGGUGAAACAUUCGUCGUGGAAUUGGAAGGAAGUCAAAAUGUUAGAAUUCUGUUAUAUGAAGAAUGCGGAACACGUUCUGUAUUACGUGGCAAAUGUAUACAAAGAUUGAGUAGAUCUUGGCUUCAAUCAGAUCAAAUAGAAAGAUCGUUAAAUUUAGGUCCAGCUACAUUAGAUGUGGCUCUUCGUUUUGUUCCAAGUGAAGUGACAUUAAGACGCGUACCAUCGGCUAAACCUCAAGGUCUAUUUGGAGCUAAAAUUCAACAAGUGUGCAAACGUGAAAAACGUGACGUUCCCUUUAUUAUAACAGCAUGUGUUAGAGAAGUGGAAAGGAGAGGAGUUGGUGAAGUUGGAUUGUAUCGUGUUUCUGGUUCGGCUUCAGAUUUAACAAAAUUGCGUAAAUCUUUUGAAAGUAAUUCGUAUGAAGCAGAACAAUUACUUAAAGAGGUUGAUGUUCAUUCUGUAACGGGUGUAUUGAAGUUAUAUCUUCGUGAAAUGCCAGAAGCUCUCUUCACAGAUGCUCUUUAUCCAGCAUUCUUAGAAGCGUUUCAAACUGGCGAAUUAUCAAAAGGUGCUGCUCUUAGAAGAGUAUACGAAAGUCUACCAGCCGUAAAUAAGGCAGUCAUUGACUUUCUACUUGCUCAUUUGAUACGAGUUAAUAAACACGAGGCUCAAAAUAAAAUGUCCUUGCACAACUUAGCGACGGUGUUCGGGCCGACGCUUCUACGUCCUGGUACGAAUUCGCGAUCUGACGCAAAAAGUCGGGAUCCUUUAGCUGCAGGGACUGUAGACGUAAUGGCACAGGCCGGUAUACUUUAUUGUUUUUUGCAGAUGCAUAUGCAACAGAACAAUCAAUCACUCUAGUCGAGAGGUUCUUGUUGAGCUAUUGUAGCGUCAGCUGCUUUUCGCGAGUCUCAUUGGAAACUCGCAGCAACUUACGCUGUAAUGUAAAAUGAACGAUUUUUUAUAAUAUAUAUUUUAUUAGUUUUGUGAUGUAUCGUUCAUACAACACUGAAUUAGAUGUAUAAGUAGACAGACUUUGACAAAAUCUUGAUUGAUUCCUUUUGUAUUGGUAUACAUACAAACAAUGUAGCAAAAUGAUCUUACAGAACAUGUACUUUAAACUCCUCAAUAUAUAUUUUAUACUUAUAUACUCGCGGAGACCUAGCAACGAUUUUAUUACGUGAUGAUUGCACGUAAAACAUUUCCAAAAAAAACUUGUCUAAGGAAAAAUUUUUUCCUAUAAAAA